GGCAGGCCGGCGCGGCGGGCGCUGGGGCGCGCCCCCGGGGCGGUGAUGGGCAAAGAGGAGGAGAUUGCGCGGAUCGCCCGGAGGCUGGACAAGAUGGUGACCAAGAAGAGCGCGGAAGGAGCAAUGGACCUGCUUCGGGAGUUGAAGGCCAUGCCUGUCACACUGCACCUGCUGCAGUCCACCCGUGUCGGGAUGUCGGUCAACGCGCUUCGGAAGCAGAGCUCGGACGAGGAGGUCACCACACUUGCCAAGUCGCUCAUCAAGUCUUGGAAGAAGCUCCUGGAUGCUUCAGACGCUAAAGCUGGGGAGCAGAGGAGCGCGUCCCUGGCCUCACCGCCCUCGAAGGACACCUCCGAGGCAAAGGUCCACAGCCGCAAGAGGCCAGAGCUGCCCAAGACACCGUCGACUCCUCGGAUGACCACGUUUCCCCCAACACCCGUCACCUGUGAUGCUGUACGCAACAAGUGUCGAGAGAUGCUGGCUGCUGCGCUGCAGACGGACGACGACCACGUGGCCAUCGGCGCGGACUGUGAGCACCUGUCAGCCCAGAUCGAGGAAUGCAUCUUCCGGGACGUGGGGAGCACGGACGUCAAGUACAAGAACCGCGUUAGGAGCCGCAUCUCCAAUCUGAAGGAUGCCAAGAACCCGGGUCUACGAAGGAGCGUGCUGCGCGGUGCCAUCGCACCCCAGCGCAUCGCCGAGAUGACCUCGGAGGAGAUGGCCAGCGACGAGCUGAAGGAGAUCCGAAAAGCUAUGACCAGAGAGGCCAUCCGCGAGCACCAGAUGGCCCGGGCGGGCGGCACCCACACUGACCUCUUCACCUGCGGCAGGUGCAAGAGGAAGAGCUGCACCUACACUCAGGUGCAAACCCGAAGCUCUGAUGAACCCAUGACCACCUUCGUUGUCUGCAACGAGUGUGGAAACCGCUGGAAGGUGGGUUGACCCCUGGCUUUGGGUGGGCAUGUCCCAGGGUGUCCGGGCCGGGUGGCCACGCCUCUCACCCUGGCAUCAGGUGGGGCAAGAGUGCGGCCUGGGCCGAGACCCUGGCCACGGCCUCAUGCCUGACUCCCCACAGUUCUGCUGAGCCUUUGCAUGAGCCUGCAGCAUCUGCUGCCCUCCCCACCCGUUGACUCAGCUUCUCUGGAGACCCACUGCUGCCCCUGCCAUCCCGAAGCGACCUACUCCAUCCCUGUCCUGCCUGUCGUGUACUUCUGCCCUUUGUCUCAAAUCAUUAAAUGUUUCUUUUUGCCAUCCUGAUGUCCUUGACCCUCAGUUUGGGUGGGAUGUCCCCAUCCUCCAUGUCUGGUUCAUCUCUGCUGCUGUGGACAGUCUGGGGCCGGCUGACACGGGGCCCUGUGGGCAGUGGCCAUCGAGGAAUGUCAGCUGGCCCCAGAGGGGUCACUGAGGACCCAGGCGUGGAGGUGGGUGUGGUGUGCUGUGGGCCUGUGUGCACACCUGCAGGUGAAGGGUAGGAACAGGGAUGUGUGCACUCAGGAGUGUGUGUGUAUGACAGGCCCAGUGAGCUGGGUGUGUGGGCUAGCAGGGGACUUGUCCAGACGACUGGGGGCCCACGUGGGGCCUGGGUUAGCUGCCCUCAGCAUCCUCCCACCUACCCCAUGCUGCCAGCUGCUCCAGCCCCGAGUUGUGGAGGCUUUGACCUGGGUCCCUCUGCCACGCCCUCCUGUAGGGCCUCUCGGCAGCUUGUUCCCCACCCCCAACCCACAUCUCUCCUCGAAGAGGCAGAGUGGACAUGCCAGGGUGGGUGGACGUGGGGG